UGGCGGAAGUUAAUGUGUAGCUGAUAUGGGCUCUAUUCUGUGUUUGAAAUUUAGUGAAGGAUACUGCAAAAUAAAGUUUAUGGUAGUACGGAGUAAGUGCAAUUAACUGUAAUGUGCAAUUGCAACAUACGUUUUCUUUGUGGUUACCAACAUUGAAUGAAUAUAGGCCAUGAGAAGUAGACCAACUUCGAGUUUGAUUGUUUCGGUGCGCCCAGAGAAGGACAAGUGUCAGAAUAGCAACCACCUGGCCAUUCAUGUAGCUGCAUUUCCGACAGUCGGAGAAAUAACGUCGUCAGAGUGUCGGAUUUCAGUGGGAGGAUCCCGAAUCCAUCCCAGAAGCAACGAAUGCCUCCAUUAUUGACGUCCAUGGAACACACCAAGUCGGCUUACGGGAACAGCAAUGGCCGAGACGAAGUCAGCAGCAGCCGUACCAUCAGUACCGCGCAACAGACGAGCAACAGCAGCAGUCCUGUCAAACACAAGCCGAGUCCGUUCAGCAGGAAGAACGACAGCAAAAAGGGUAGCAUCAUCUCCUUGUGGACUGCUCUUUACGAUUAUGAGGCGCAAGGAGAGGAUGAACUCAGCCUACGAAGAGGGGAAAUCGUCGAGGUCCUGUCUAAAGAUUCCAAAAUUUCUGGGGAUGAGGGCUGGUGGACUGGUAAAAUUGGUGAUAAGGUUGGCAUCUUCCCAGCCAACUUUGUGGCCAAAGAUGUCAUCGAUCAUGUGUCAAGCGUGAUAGGGGAUAUUCAACCAGUUGAGAUAGAUUUUUCGGAACUAGACCUGGAAGAAGUGAUUGGGGUGGGGGGUUUUGGGAAAGUAUACCGUGGGUUUUGGCGGAAUCAGGAAGUGGCCGUGAAGGCAGCACGCCAGGACCCUGAUGAAGACAUAAAUGUGACUCUGGAGAAUGUGCGUCAAGAGGCGAAGCUUUUUUGGUUACUUAAGCAUGACAAUAUUGUGUCUCUGGAGGGUGUUUGCCUCCAGAUGCCCAAUCUGUGCCUGGUGAUGGAAUAUGCCCGUGGAGGUUCCUUGAACCGCGUGUUGGCAGGACGCAAGAUUCGACCAGAUGUGCUAGUUGACUGGGCCAUUCAGAUCGCCAGGGGUAUGAACUACUUGCAUAAUGGAGCACCCAUUUCACUCAUCCAUCGAGAUCUCAAGUCAUC